ACACGCACCGUCGAAGGAAGGAGGAGGAAGGGGAGAGAGAGAGAAGAAGGCAGGCAGUACACAACACCACCUCCACCGUGUGAAGUCCGGAGUCUCCCGUUCCUUUUCCUGCUCUCCUCUUCCCCGUCCGUCUCCGCCCAGAUCCAGAUCCAGGGUUCAAUCACCACACCAGGAUAAGCAACCGAGACAAUGGCGGCAGACUCUGGCGCUCGUAGGCAGCCAACCUUCACCAAGGUUGACCAGCUGCGCCCGGGGACCCAUGGCCACAACCUCAUCGUCAAGGUCGUUGACUCCAAGAUGGUCGUCCAGAGGGGCCGCGAGGGAGGGCCCCAGGGCAGGCAGAUGAGGAUUGCUGAGUGCUUGGUCGGCGAUGAAACCGGCAUCAUCGUCUUCACUGCAAGAAACGACCAAGUGGAUGUAAUGAAGCCUGGAACAACUGUUGAACUGAGGAAUGCAAAGAUUGACAUGUUCAAGGGUUCGAUGCGGCUUGCGGUGGACAAGUGGGGGAUUGUGAAAGCUGCUGAAAGCCCAGCUGAGUUCGCAGUCAAGGAGGACAACAACCUGUCCUUGAUUGAGUUUGAGCUGGUGACCGUGGUGGAGUGAAAACCACCUUUUGUAGGAGGAUGGUGCGUUAUGUUAUGUUCUUGAACCUAUUCGGCACCACCAAAAAAAUAAACAUGUCAUGGUUGAUGUUCUUGUAUGCAUCCGAGGUUGGUUAUGGUUAGUGAUCGUCGGCAAUGGACGGCAUCUCUGAGAUAGAUUGCAGUGGGGUGUAGCCCAUCCUCGUUGGACCUGUCAUAAUGCGUUGAGCUGCCUAUUGCUUUACCA